GUCAUGGGCACCCAAGGGUUCGCUGGCGCCUGGACCCGAGAGACUGUGGGAUCGCUGGUCGAUCGGCUGGAGGCGGCGGGAAUCCGCCACUACGACACAGCUCUACUUUAUCCUGUCACCAACUCUGGGGCCGCCGAACGCCUCCUGGGCAGCAUCCGUCAACCUGAGUUCGUCAUUGACACCAAGAUUCUCUUCCGACCGGAAGCCUUGCGCCGAGAGAACAUGGAGGAGUCGAUCCGCAAAAGCUUGGAAAACCUCGGCGUCCCCAAGGUCACGACCCUCUACGCGCAUGCCCCGGACCAAGCCACCCCGAUCGCCGAACAGGCGGCCAACUUCGAUUACUUCCACCGGGCGGGUUACUUUGAGCAACUGGGCCUCUGCAACUACUCGCCCGCGCAGCUGAGCGAAUGGAUCGAGGUCGCGCAGGCGCACGGGUACAUCCUGCCGCGGAUCUACCAAGGCCAGUACAACAUCUUCUGCCGUGACUAUGAGACCACGCUGUUCCCGCUGCUGCGCCAACACCAGAUCCGUUUCGUGGCCAACUCGCCCCUGGCCGGCGGGUUUGCGACGGGCAAGCUCACCUUCGCGCAGACGGCGGCGCAGCUGCAGGGCACGCGGUUCGAGCCGGCCGAUGGCAACAUGAUCGGGUUCUUGUUCCGGAUGUGGUACGACAAGCCCGCCUUUCAUGAGGCGGUGCGCCAGCUCCAGGCGGCGGUAGAGGAGGAGGAGGAGAAGAAGGAGGAGGAGAAGAAGGAGGAGGAGAAGAAGGAGGAGAAGGACUCUGCGACCUCCCGUCUGGCCCAGACGGCGCUGCGCUGGCUCCUGUUUCACUCUGGACUGCAGAGCACGGACGCGGUGGCCAUUGGGCCCAGCUCAGUGACGCAGCUGGACGAGUACUUGACUGCACGCAAAGCGGGACCUCUCUCGGCGAAGCUGGCGAGGCGGAUUGACGAGUUGUAUGCGCCCUUGCGGGAGGAAGCGGCUCCGUUGGUGCAGGUCGGCUGGUGGUCCCAGUAAUUGAUUUGUAUGUACAGUACAUGAUUAUGAUAGGUAGUCUAGUGCAGUUGGUGAU